UGUCAUUUUGGUGGCAAACUCUAGUGUCAAAUUGUUUAUUUUGUUAUUGUAUCACCUGUAAAGGGUUUUUAAUUCUUUGAUUUGAUAUUUACAACAAAAGAAAAUGGUACGAACAAGACGCAGUACACAAAAGUCAGCAAUUCAAACGCCCAUUAAAACAAUUACCAAGGAAAAAAAUGUGGGCAAAAGGAGUAAAUUGCAAAAUAAUUUGGAUCGAUGUAAAAAUUGGAUUCAACAACAGAAAAAAGAGAAGCUAAAAAUUGAACCAGAUGACUUGGACUCAAAUGAAUCUGAUGAAGAGCAGCGUGAUCUGAAUUUAGCUGCUAUCUCGGGCGCAUCUGAGAAUGAAGAAACCGUUGCACAAGUGUUGUCCUCCUGCGAAUGGCAACGAUGUAAUCGGCUAUUUGAAAAGCAUUCCGAGUUGUUUGAACAUGUUGUGGGCCAUUUGCCAACGAUUGGCGACCAUUUUAAGUGUGAAUGGGAUCUGUGCGACCAUGUGAUUGAUGAUGUUGUGAAAUUCAAACGGCAUGUUGGCUGUCAUAUCUACAUGACCCGAUUGAAAACGACUGGUGAGCGAUUGUUGCACAAAAGACCCAUGCCGCCAUGUAUGAUUUCGUCACGUGGCCGAAAUUGUAUACCGUCAGUUGAUUCGAAAUACAUUUGCAUGUGGAAGGAUUGCAGCUACACAUUUGAUAUGGUCGAAGAUUUCUACGAACACACACGAUCACACUGCGUUCAUGAGCUCGAGUUCAAUAAACAGGGCAACCGAAAUAAACCUGUCCAGUGCCAAUGGUUAAAGUGUAAGAAAAUGUUCGAUAGAAGGCUGAAAAUGACAGAACAUAUGCGAACCCACAGUGCGGAACGCUUUGUUGCAUGUCCAAAUUGUGGACAAACAUUUAAUUCGUACGUGAAAUUCUAUGAUCAUUUUCGACGGCAGGCAUUGAAUAAAAGCUUCAAGUGUUAUCAAUGCUUUCAAACGUUCCACACCGAAGAAUUAUUGAACAAUCACACAGCGGCCCAUGUGAAUCGCGUGAAAUGCACCGAAUGUGAUAUGACGUGUACGUCGAAUGCAGCUCUUACGCAACAUUUUCGCUAUCGUCACUUAAAAGAGCGUCCAUACACAUGCACAGAGUGUGAAUAUGCUGCCGUAACCAAAUGGGAUUUGAAUAAGCAUCAAACGCGAAUGCACAGCACGGAGCUAACAACGUACAUUUGUGAUGAAUGUGAUUUCACCUGUUCGACAAUCAAUCAAAUUCGAAAACAUAAUCGAAACGAGCAUGGCGAUGGGCCAAAUGUGUACUGUUGCCAUUGUUGCGAUAAACAAUACAAAAAUGGUUCAUCGCUGUCACAGCAUUUGAAAAAUCAGCAUGGAUUCCGUUUGCCGUCAGGUCAUACGCGGUUUUUCUAUCAAAUGGACAUCAAUGGUGUGUAUCGGGUGCAAACAACGAGAAUGGAGAGUUUGGAAGUUUCAAAACAAAUUAUGGCCACGCAAGCAAAUGAUGUGGCACAAAAUAAAAAUGUCACCUACACAUUAGGUGAAUUUGCCGAAACAUCUGAUGGCAUCACAAUUUCCGUAGUUGAAUCAAUCAAGCAAAAAGAGGCAUCAAAGUCAAAAGAGACACCGAAACCAAAAGACACAACGAAACAGAAAGAAACAACGAGACUUAAAGAGACAGCGAAGACAAAGCCAUCAUCAACAAAUCAAUCCGAUGUUAAAGCACAAAGUGUGGAUUUGUCGGCGAAGAAAAAGACGACCGCUUACAACGAAAUCGAUUCGAAUACAUUCGCAUUCAUGGAGUGCUUGAAUCUGAAGAGCAACCACAGCGAAAGCAAAGAGCUUAAGAAUAUCGACAAUUUCUCCGUCAUCAAAAAAUAUGCAAAGAAUAAGAAGCGACAGAAAAACCGAUCCACCGAAUAUAUUAUUGCUGAGUUUGAUGAACAAGGAAAUAUGAUUGAAUCGCAAAUAUUGCCAUGUGAUACAGAAAUCGAAACAUCAAACUCAUAAUCAAUUUUUAUUGAGGAAUGUAUGGUCGGUUAACAGUAUGAAAAUAUAAUGAUAUCGUUUAAAUUUAUUGUUUCAACGUUAUUUGAGCGAAGAUGUGUCAAAAUUCUAAAAAAAACCAAGCGGUGAAUAUUUGUAAGAGGAUUUGUCCGGUUUAAUACACCAAACACUCAAUAAAAUAAGAAAAAUCAUUCAUUACAA